UGGUUUAAAUAGCAAAUUAUUUAUCUAUGAUGGAACAAUGGGAAGACAUAGCCUCGAUAUUAGAAGGUUUGAUUGAUUGGCUAAAAGUUAAAAAUGAAGACACGAAUAAAAUUAUGAUGCAGUGUGUGGCUGAUGCUGAGGCCCUUACACAGUUUCGAUCGCAACAUGAAAUAUUGGAUGGUGAGCUUGAAGCUAAAUGUGCGGUGAUUGACAGGAGCUUGAAAGCCGUUGAUGCCAUUGUUAUUCAGCAUCAAGAACAAGCAGAAUACCCUGAUAAGUAUGUGAGGCCAAUGCAACUGGCAAGGAUCUCUACCCUUGCCUCUGAGCUAAGGGAAGUUUGGAAAGUAACGCAGAAGAAAAGUGUUCAGUUGAAACUACAUAUUAAUAAACUGUUGCCCGCUGUCGAAGAGUUAAACUUACUUUUGCGCAAGUGUUAUAUAAUGUUGCAGAACAUUGAGAGGACAAAAGAAGACUGGGUUGGAGUGGGAGAACUCCCUAUUGAGGCUUUGCAAGUUCAUAUUAAGAAUAUGAAGCUGUUUCAGAAGAAUUACAUGGACCCCAUAGCAGUGAACAUGGAGAAGCUGAAGUCUGCCAUCUUGUAUUUCCAUGAAAUGAAGAUGCAGUUUACUCCGGACACAAAGAAGAAGAUGGAUGAGGUAGAGAUGAGAUGGAAGGUGAUGCAGGUUUACUGCAGCGAGAGGACAAAACAACUCCUCGACGCAGCAAGAGAUUUUGGGCCGAAUUCUCAAUUGUUUUUAACUUCUUCUGUGGAAGGGGCGUGGGAAAGAGCCGUUGCAGAGAAUAAAGUUCCGUAUUACAUCAACCAUAAAAGCAAAAGUACAAGUUGGGAUCAUCCAAAGAUGGCCGAACUCAUGGAGUCAAUGUUGGAUUUAAAUGACGUUCGUUUCACCGCGUACAGAACCUCCAUGAAAUUGCAACGACUCCAAAAAGCUCUUUGUCUUGACCUUUUGAACUUAGAUACAGCAGUUGACGCAUUCACACAGCAUAAGUUGAAUAUAAGUAUUGAUAAUCCUCAUGUGAAAGAUGACGUGAAUGUGCUGGACAUGAUAACUUGUCUCACAACAAUAUAUGAUGCAUUGGAGCGUGAACACAAGACCCUUGUUAAUGUACCUCUAUGUGUCGACAUGUGUUUAAACUGGUUACUUAACGUGUACGACACAAAACGCAGCAGCACCAUAAGUACAAGAUCAUUCAUUACAGGAAUAACGUCAAUGUGUAACUCCCCCAUUGAAGAGAAAUACAAAUAUGUGUUUCAACAGAUAGGCAUGCCGGCUGGAUUUACAGACAGAGUUAAACUUGGUGACUUGAUCAAAGAUUUUAUGUUGAUACCAAAACAACUUGGUGAAUCAGAAGCAUUUGGUGGAUGCAACCCACAUGCUAGUGUGUGUAGCUGCUUUCAGUUAGUUGGAAGAAGACCUGAGAUUGAUGCAGCUCAGUUUAUCGACUGGAUGAAGUUGGAGCCGCAGUCGUUGGUGUGGUUGCCGGUAUUACAUCGACUUAUAUCAGCCGAGAAUGUGAGUCAUCCCGCUCGUUGUUCAGUUUGCAGGGAGUGCCCGAUUGUUGGUUUCCGUUACCGCAGUUUACGACAUUUUAAACACGAUAUUUGCCAAAGUUGUUUCUUCUCUGGGAGGGUGGCAAAGAAUAAUAAGUUCUGUUACCCAAUAGUUGAAUAUUGUACGCCAACUACGUCGACUGAAAACAUCAGAGAUUUUACGAAGAUCCUAAAAAAUAAACUCCGAAAUAAAUCAAGAUCUGCCAAACGGAUCGGGUAUUUACCGGUGAAGACUGAUGACAAAGAGGACCCUAAUGAUGAUGGCACCAAUGAUGUCAUAGAUGGUGGGAUUGAUGAUCAAACAAAUGGAGGAGCAAAUGAGACACACGAGAAGAUCGAAGAGUACGCGAGGAUUCUCGCAGACCUGGAUGAUGAGACAGGAGUUCAACCUCCUCUCGAUGAAGAGCAGGAAUGCAUACUCGAGUAUUGUGGAGCUCUUACUGAGGAUAAAAGUCCCACCAUCUUCACUCACCAGGAAGAUAUCUUCAGCUCUAAAGCAUCCAGGUCAGAUCUACCUUCCCCACCGAGGAUCAAGGAAGUAAAUGUCGCGAUCCAUGAUUCAAAACCUUACUCGGUUGCCAAACAACAUAAUGAUGCAGGAAACCAACCCCAUGUGUCGUCCAGGUUGAGCAAUGGCCCGGAUUUAAUGAUCGAAGCAAAGAUCUUGCAACAUCACUCCUCGAGGAUCGAUACACAGAUGAAGAUGUUGGAGAAUCACAACGAGAGCAUCAAGAAUCAACUCCAGGAGCUCAAGAUGUUGAUGAACGACUCAGAAACAUCAAGCGAACACUCGAUGUCUCACAUAUUCGAGAGCCCGUCUGUUCACAUAAAUACAUUGCUCAAUAGCGCCACCACCUGGAACUAAGGCGGGUGGAAAAGUCGAAAACAAACGAAUCAUUGAUUAUUACACAGUUUCGCCACACAAACUUAAAUUAUUAUAAAUACUUUGUCUUUGUUUUAACCACGUUGCAUGCUUAAUUUGUAAAUAUUAAAUUUUAGCACUUUUUAAUGAAUGGUACUUACAUACUGUAAAUACACCUUGCAUGUUUUUAUUGCCAACUUUUUACUUUUUUUCAUUUUUACAACAAUCGAUCACUUUUGAAUUGCCAAUCCAUGUUAAGUUACGGUGCGACUUUCUCUUCUAACACAAAAACUUUCACCUCAAACCUGAUCAUUGUAACAUAUGCUUUGUUUUGCACGAUCAAUAAAAUUGCCACUUUUCAUA